UUAUAAUAAGCUCCGCGUAAUUCUCGCGUGUUCAAAUUCGAAGAAAGGGAAAAGAUUUCAAUGUUUUGACAGAACAGAUUUAUGAAGAAGGUUCGGUUCCGUCGAAGUAAUUGAAAGUUGAGAGCUUCGGAAAAUUUUCGCCGUCGCCUUUUCAGCCCAACCAGUUUGAAAUUUUUUUUUGCCUACCUGGUCAAGUUUUUUUUCCCUUUUUGGAGCUUGAGCGCACUGACGGCAAUGGGCAUUCAGCUUUUUUAAUUGGAUCUCGCCAUAACCAAGCACCUACUCUCCUCUCCCUUUAAUUGCAUCGGGGUUGGCUGCAAAUUUUGGAAUUUCUAUCAGUGCCGUCGAGUUUUCUCUUCAAAGCUUCGAUCUUGACCGCGAUUACGAGAUGGGUUUCCCCCCGAUCCGGACAUAAGAAUCGAGGAAGGGUUUGCAUCAAAAUGCUAUAAUCAUCGUGAUAUUAUUAUACGAGGCGAUUGCUAUAUGGUUGCAGAAGCUGCUCGAUCUUCUGGUUACUCGAUUGCUUGUGGUGAUUUAAAGUAUUUGGUGAAAUGAAAAGUAGAUAUGAUUGGAAUGUCGAUUCGAGGACGAAUGUGUAAUCGGAGUGAGAGUUGUUUAGUUUUCUGGGUGAUUUUGCUUUCUGGGUUCUUAGUAAUAAGCUUGGAACAGAACUCAGGGAAAGAGAAGACUUCUCUCAGUCAACUUGUCGUCCCGACAAUAACACAGGUCGAGGAGCGCAUGGUAGAGUUGUUAUGGAAAAAUUGCAGGCAAGAUGUAGACUGUGUGAAGGAGGCUAUUGCGGAAUUCAGCUUAUGUUUGCCAAGAACAAAAGAAAACAGUGAGAAACUGGUUGGUAUGAGGCACUCCCAUAUGAGGCAGAUCUUUCUUGAUUGCAACGGAAAAAACAGAAAGGUGAUUAAUGUAUUUGGACAAGAAGGUGGAUUUGAGAUUCAUUACCAUAAGUACCUCAAGUUCCUUUUGUCUUUGGCCAACGCUCCAAGGAGAAGACUAGCAUCUAGCCCUGGCCCUUCCCCUUCCCCAUCUCCUGGCUUGUUUGCCUCUGCCCCCAAGCGCAGUCUGGUUCCACCUACUCGUUCAAGAGCACACUCCCCUCGGAAUUCCUUUUUUCCACCAACAGAUAAUACGAUAUCUCCCCCUCCUCCUGCUAAGAGAAACUCUUCUAGUAAUUCAACUUCUGUGACUGUUAAGCCGGGUAAAGGAGGAGAUGACCACCAGAAAACAGUCAUCAUUGCGGUUGUUGUAACUGCGGUAGUGACAUUUGUAUUCGCUGCAUUGUUCUUCUUGUGUUGCACUAGGGUUUUUGGACAUGGUUUAGGAGGCAAGAAAAAUGAUGAGCGGCCUCUUCUCAGUCUAAGCAUGAGUGAUUACUCUGUUGGCUCCUCCCCCAGCUAUGGGGGUAAUCAAUCCUUCAGUAUUUAUUCGGACCAAUGGAAAAAGCAGCACAACAAAUUUUUAGCUGAUUCGGAUGAUUCGCCGAAAGAAAGACAAUCGAAUGAAGCAGCACGUAACAGUAUGAGCAAUCAGGGUAUGCCACCUCUGAAGCUCCCACCGGGCAUGGCAGGGACAGCUUCUAACCUUUCAGGACAGCCUCUUUUGAAUCCACCUCCUGGAAAGUUGGAGCCUCUUCUUCCAGAACCACCAACUUUUCUUAAGGUACGUCCUAGUGCGGCUGCUGCUCCUCCGCUGCCACCACCAGCCCCCGUGGCACGACCGCCACCAAAGCCCUUUGCAGGUCCUACACGGCCACCUCCUCCAGCUGCUCCACCUGGUCCUCGACCACCACCUCCCCCGGCUGCUUCAGGACUCAAGGGACCUCGUCCACCUCCACCAUUGGCUCCAGGCCUUAAAGCUCCUCGACCGGCUUCUGGAUCUGUAAAUCCUUCAGAGGAUGAUGCUCCUAAAACAAAGUUGAAACCUUUUUUUUGGGAUAAAGUGCAAGCUAACCCUGACCAUUCAAUGGUUUGGAAUGAGAUAAGAUCAGGAUCCUUCCAGUUCAAUGAAGAGAUGAUAGAGUCGCUAUUUGGAUAUGCGACUGCAGACAAGAACAAAGGUGAAAGGAAAGAUUUGUCUUCGCAAUCUGCCUUACCACAAUUUGUUCAGAUUCUUGAUCCAAAGAAAGCACAGAAUCUGUCUAUCCUUCUGCGUGCUUUGAAUACAACAAGUGAAGAGGUCCGCGACGCACUUCAUGAAGGCAAUGAGCUCCCGGUAGAAUUUCUUCAGGCUCUAUUGAAGAUGGCACCAACAGCUGACGAAGAACUAAAGCUAAGACUAUACUGUGGAGAAAUAGCACAUUUAGGACCAGCUGAACGUUUCCUAAAAGCAUUGAUUGAUAUCCCUUUUGCUUUCAAGCGACUAGAGGCUCUGCUUUUUAUGUGUACUCUCGAUGAAGAAAUGACCUUUGUUACUGAAUCAUUUGCCACCUUAGAGGUUGCUUGCAAAGAACUUAGAAGCAGCCGGCUUUUCUUGAAGCUCCUUGAAGCAGUUCUUAAGACGGGCAAUCGCAUGAAUGAUGGUACAUUCAGGGGUGGUGCUCAGGCUUUCAAGCUGGACACACUGUUGAAGUUGUCAGACGUAAAGGGAACUGAUGGGAAAACAACCCUCCUCCAUUUCGUGGUUCAAGAGAUAAUCCGGUCUGAAGGUGUUAGAGCUGCUCGUACCACCAGGGAGAGCAAAAGCUUCUCUAGUGUGAAAACUGAAGAUAUUAUGGCCGAGGAAACUAAUGAAGACACGGAGGAAAAUUACCGCAGCCUUGGUCUUCAGAAAGUUUCGAGUUUGAGCAGUGAACUUGAAAACGUAAAAAAGGCUACAGGCAUCGAUGCAGAUGGCUUAACGGGGACUGUUCACAAAAUGGGUCAUGCCUUGUCGAAAUCCAGAGACUUUCUCAACUCGGAGAUGAACAGUGCAGGCGAAGAAAGUGGGUUUCACGAAGCACUGAAGGAUUUUGUCCACAAUGCUGAGGCAGACAUCAAGAAGGUGGUAGAAGAAGAGAGGAGAAUAAUGACUCUGGUGAAGAAUACGGGAGACUACUUCCAUGGGAAAGCUGGUAAAGACGAGGGCUUGCAUUUGUUUAUAAUUGUGCGUGAUUUCUUGAUAAUGUUAGAUAAGGUGUGUAAAGAAGUAAGAGAUUCAAGAAAGAGGCCAAUAAAGACGAACCAGAAGCAGAGUUUGAUAGCAUCAGCUUCCUCCUCUGACACUAGCCAGCCGCCUUCAUUAGAUCCUCGGCAAAGGCUAUUUCCAGCUAUUGCAGAGCGACGCUCAGACCAAUCUAGUAGCUCAGAUUCAGACAGCGACUAACGCAGUAUCAUCCAGUGUGAAAGGCUCCGCCUUUUCAUCGCAUAUAAGCAUACAAUCUUCUGUGUUUUAGGUGGCAGUCUCGUCUCUGUUUUUAAAACCAGAAGUAGAAGCACUGGUCGAAUGAGAGAUUUAAUGACAUUGAGGUUGAGGAACAAGGAAACCAGUUGAGGAUUAUGUCACAGUAGGAGGAGGAGUCGUUCAUCUGUUGUUCUAACAAAAUACCUGAAGGGUCAGGACAGGUGACAUGCUGCACUUUGUCUGAAUCUUCAAUCUAGUGUUUAGAAACACAUUCUUUUGUUGUAUUUUUUUUUUGGGCUCCAGGCAUGUUAUUCUCGGUGUAGGUUCUGUAUUGUAUGGUUACUUGCAUAUGGUAUGAUUAAGAAAAUGCAAUUCCUAAA